CAACCUCCCCAAGUCAAGAGUCCUCCACAAUCUCACCAUGGACACAACAAAUCACUCAAGCUCAAGCCACCACAAUACCCACAAGCAGAAGAAGAAGAAACUACAUACCCCAGAAGUCAAGUUCCGCUUCGACCUUGACCUUUGCUCCAAGAAGAAGGACCUUAUCUCUGCAAUCUCUCUCUACGAAUUUGCCCUUUCCAAUAGCAUCCGUCUCACUCAACAUCACUUCAAUUCCCUCCUCUACAUUUGCUCCAACUCCGUAACCGACCCUUCAACAAAAUCCUCGGCGAUCGAAUGUGGGUUUCGAAUAUUCAAUCAAAUGGUGUCGAAUAAUGUUGAACCGAAUGAAGCAACUAUCACUGCGGUGGCUAGGCUUGCUGGGGCGAAAAAUGACGGUGAUUUGGCGUUUGAGUUAGUGAAGAGUAUGGGGACUAAGUAUAAGGGGGUGGUGCCGAGGUUGAGGACGUAUGGUCCGGCAGUGUUCUGUUUUUGUAGGAAUGGGGAGGCUGAUAAGGCAUAUGAGGUGGAUGAGCAUAUGGGUUUUAUGGGAAUUCGCCCGGAGGAAGAUGAGCUGGCGGCGUUGUUGAAGGUGAGUGUAGAGAAGAGGAAGGAAGAGAAGGUGUAUGAAUAUUUUCAUAAGCUGAGAGGGACGUUAAGCUGUGUGAGAGAGUCAACGGCAGAGAUAAUUGAGAGUUGGUUUGGUGGGGAAGUGGCUUCUGAGGUGGGUUUGGUCAAUUGGGAUGUGCGUCAGGUGGAAGAAGCGGUAUUAAGAAAUGGAGGUGGUUGGCAUGGGCAAGGAUGGCUUGGAAGGGGGAAUUGGGUUGUGCAUAGAUCGAAUAUUAAUUUGGGUGGGUGCUGCAGCUCAUGUGGGGAGCAAUUGGUUUGUGUUGAUAUUGAUAGAGAGGACACUGAGAAGUUUGUGCAGUCGGUGGCAUCAUUGGCUAUGGAAAGAGAACGCCAAUCCAAUUUCAAGGAAUUUCAGGAUUGGCUUGAGGAACAUUCUGAAUAUGAAGCUAUAAUAGAUGGAGCAAAUGUGGGGCUCUACCAGCAGAAUUUUGCAGAUGGUGGAUUUAGUAUCUCUCAGGUUGAUGCUGUUAUGAAAGAAUUGUAUAAGCAGAGCAAGACAUGGCCACUUGUUGUCUUGCACAACAAACGCCUUCGGACACUUCUUCAGAAUGAUUUGAAUCGAGAGCUUAUUGAGAAGUGGAUGGAUCAAGGAGUGUUGUAUGGAACACCAAAUGGAUCAAAUGAUGAUUGGUAUUGGCUUUAUGCUGCCGUAAAACUCAAGUGCCUGCUUGUGACAAAUGAUGAGAUGAGAGAUCACAUUUUUGAGCUCCUAGGUAGCAGCUUUUUUCUCAAGUGGAAGGAGAGACACCAAGUUAGAUAUAUAUCUGUUAAAGGUAACCUGCAACUCCAAAUGCCACCCUCAUACUCUCUUGUCAUCCAGGAAUCAAAAAAGGGAUCGUGGCAUGUUCCCUUAGCAGGUGAUGGUGUUGAUGAGUCUUCAAGAACCUGGAUCUGCAUCACAAGGCCAGUUUCUAAUGAAUCUUUCAAUGAAGUUCCAGAACGUACAGAAGAUUCUGAAAUUGGUCAAUUCCCUUGCAAUUGUUAUUUGUCGAAUUCAUGCGAUUCAAAUAAUAAUAUUAUGACCAAUAAUGGUUUAAAUGGCGCUUCUGAUUGUACUCAGAUUUGUCAUCACAGACCAAUAACCAUUACAGGCAAAAGGAAAAAUAGGUCUCCCUCUCCAUCAAGGCUCAAUCCUUGA